AACGUCACGUCAGGAACAUGUGCGUUUGACAUUAAUGUUUGGAUUUGUCACUUUAACAGCAGAUGUCACGGGAAAAUAGUUGUUAUCAAUCUGAUAUUGACAGAAAAUACUCCUUGGAGUUUUGUUUAUGAAUAUAAAUAAAUAACAUACAAUUAUUAUGGAUUCACUCUAAUUGCAAUGCCAAAUAAGGAAACUGUCCGCAGCCUCAAUAUGGACACCAAGCCAGUAGCCUCCACACCAGCUUCAGGGAUUGUUAACAAAGUGGCACCAAGUGUCACUAAAGUGGUCACUACUAAGUGUGUGAAAGAUGCAGCCAUGUCACCGGGCGCGCCGGCCGCCGCGGAGGGGGAGCGCACGGAGCUGCUAGGCUCGCUCACGACGCAGCAGCAGCAGAGGACCAGCGCCAGGGUCAUCAAGAAGCUGCGGUUGGAGCCGCCGGCCGACAGGGAUAAGAGAAAACCGGGCUCUGACGACAUACCCGAAUGCGAAACGCCAAUCAAAAUAGAAGAUAAAGAACUAAAGUUUCCAACUGUCAAGCAACGGAUGCCGAAGGCUCUGUGGUCUACUGACGAAAAGAAUUUGUUCUUUGAGGCCUUAAACGAGUACGGGAAGGACUUUGACGCUAUCACUGCGUACAUAUGCGCCAAGAUGAAGAAGAAGGGUAUGCCGGACGUCAACCUGAAGACCAAGACACAAGUCAGCCACUUCUACUACCGCACGUGGCAUAAGCUGUCCAAACAUGUGCAUUUUGAUGAGAAUGUAAAAAAGGUUGCGCAAGAGUUAUACGCGUUGAUAAACUACGGUGAGCUGCGGAAGAAGCUGGUGUCGGUGAACGAGAAGACGUGCGCGCGUCUGGGCGAGAUGGUGCUAUGUGGCAACAUCGUGGUGCGAGCGAGAGGGAGGAACCUGCGCGUCAGGACGCCCAUGUGCCGCGCCUUGAGGCGGCUCAACCAGAUCACGGAGCUGGCGCUGGGCGCGCGCGUGUGCUCCCGCGCGCAGGUGUCGCUGCGCGCGCGCUCGCGGGCGGCGUGGGCGCGCGUGCAGGCCAGCGCGCACAACCCGCGCGCCGCGCUGGCGCUGCCGCUGCGCACGCGUCUGCGCGCGCUGCUGCGGGCGCUCGCCCUGCGCUGGGGGGGGGACUGUUCGCUUGGAAAGUUCUCUGAGAACGAGAAGCUAGAAGACGGACAGAAAGAGACAGAAGACUAUGAGGAGAACGAGCCCAACCGGGAACUAGAAGAGCACCUCAACUUGGAGACCGAUAGGAUUAUUAUCCAAGAACAAAAGGCCCCGAAGAAGUUGGCCCUGCACGUGGGCCCGCGGCCCGGGGCCGACAUCCACCUGCCCGUGGUGAGCCCCAGUGAGCAGCUCUCCAGCCAGAAGAUAUGCUUCUCAUCCUACUUGGAGAGGAUGGGGUCCCAGAGGCAUAAGGAUAGCAGUGCAAAAAUCCGCACACCAAAACGCCAACGAAAAGACAGCACUACAGAGAAAGACAAAGAAGUAGACCAGAAGAAGUUCAAACUGGAAGACUCUGACAGACUGAUCAACAUCGAGGAGACCGCCAUCGACGGCAUCGAGCUGAUGGCCAACUACAAGAGCCUGCAGGAGGACGAGGAGAAGCCUAGCACAGAGGAUGAGAAGGAACGGGAGACGGCAGAGGAUGAAGGGAACUACCUGCAGGAAAAAGAUAUAGCAGAAAAGGAGAGUGAGCGAGACAAAGAUAUGUCGGAGAAAGAGAAGGACAGCUUCUCUGAAAUGGAAGAUGACGAGAAGUAUGUCAAAAGUGAUACAGAUAACGAGAGCGAUGGUAAAGAUAAAGGAGGGAAGGAAAAUAAGUUCGAGAAUUUAAAGGUAAAAUUCCGCCUCCGCCCAAAAAAGCGCGGAGGCAGUAUCUACACGUUGGUGACAGACAAGGACCCUGAGGAGUCGAAGGUGGAGGAACCGGUGAAGGAGGAGGAGGUGAAACCGGACAUAGACGUGGAGCUGGCCCUCAGACAGAUACGGAAGGGCUGGAGCGAGCUGGAUGCUGGGGAUCUCACCGUGGGCGACCUGUAUCUUAUGUUUGGUUCCCGAUCUAAGCUUGAAUUAGAUUACUGGUGGGCGGAACCCACGCCGCCUCUACCACAGCCACAAAAACUGACAGUGACCAUUCCUCCAGACCGGAUAUCCGACAAACGCGACAAAUCCGACAAGUUGUCCGACAAACUGUCCGAUAAGGGCGCGGACAGUUCCGUCGAAGAUGAGAAGGAGAGAGCGAGAGAGAGUGACAACGAUAUUCUGUCUCCAAAGAAUACUUUUAGCCAGGACAGUAAUGAUGGAAUGUCUGGAGAUGAGAGAAAGUGUGAGCAGCUGGCGUCACCUGAGCACAAGUCUUCAUCUGGAGGGGGGACCCUGAAGGUUGUAAGCAAGCUGAUAAACAGGCCGCAGGCGAACCCGCCAGAGAACGGGUUCUCUAUGCUGGGUGACAGACUGAAGCGCUUGUUGGCUCUGGCGGGCAACCCUCACGUGAGCGCGGCCGCCAACGCGUCCAUCGCGCGCUGCAACUGCGGCCACGUCUGUCCCGUGCAGAGGAAACAGCAGUCGCAGCAGAAGCCGAGCGCGAGCCCGGCGGCGGCGGCGGGCGCGCCCGACGAGCCCGUGUUCCGGCACCCCACACCCAUCGCGCCCAGGCCCGACGCCAAGGACCCGCCGGCCUGCAACGUGUUGGCGGGCCUGCCCCGCUGGCGGCGCGGGCGGCCGCGCGCGGACCGCCGCGUCGUAGUACAGCGACUGCUGCCGCUGUUGCCCAAGCUGCCUUCGCCUGCCAAUAUGGCGCCGAUGAAGUUAGUUCCGAACUCGCCGCCUGCCCCGCCCCGGAUACUGCCGAAGCCGCCGCCUACUUCGCCGUCAGAUCUAUCUUUCUUCUACGUGUUGAGCGAGUCUAACGGACAGUUCUUCUUCCACGAUGGCGACAGACGGAUCCCGUUCACAUCGCUCGCGGGCAACGGGAACGAUGAAGACAGCGUUAUAAAAAUGGAGGACGAUGACGACGCUCCCACUAACGGCGUCAAGUCGGAAGCUCCUAACACAGAGACCAACAAACAAACGGACACGAUGAAGGUCGAGGCCACAGCCGAGGAGAACAAGACUGAACCGACUGAGAUAACACCGGAGUUCCUCCCGGCGGAGUCGAUGUCGCUGUCCCCGUCCCGCCUGCUGCACGACGCGGAGGGCUGGCUGGGCGGCGCGCAGGACUUCUCGCUCAGCAGCUUCCUCGGACACCUGGAGGGCCGCCCGCACCAGGACCUGGCGGUGGACUCCCAGCUACACUCUCUGAUGGCGGAGUCCAGCGUGGACUACGUGGCCAAGUUUGCGGACCUCGCCGCCGAAGUCACGGACGACCCUGACCUGCCCUCCGACGACCUCACCUAGAACCAACCUUAGUACCUUGGAAUAAAGUCCAAUUUGUUACAGACACUUUACCAUAUGAAUUGUGGAUUACUAAUUAAAUUUUUUGUAUCAUUUGAAAGUCGACUUUGUUGGUAUGUGACAGAAAGUACAUUUUACCGUGUCGUCUAAAAAUGUGCAGUUGUGUUAUAUUAAACUCAUUUGUGCUAUGAAAUAAAGUCUACCUUUAACGGAUACAACCAGCAACACUUGAUUUAAUUUCAGUAUUGGAUUCAGUAAUGGUGUGCCUUCAGAAAAGGCGUUCUUAUUAAAGAAAUUGUAAAUGGUUACGGAAAUUUAAACAAAUGCUAUCCAUGUUUGACGACAACACAACAACGAUUAAAUAGGAUGUGAGUUUUCUUCCAAAUAUCAACUCUUUAAUGUAUUUGGUCUUCCAUUUUGUAUUAAAAUGCAAUUCGUUAUUCUGCACUAAUGACGGAAGUUCCUUUGUAUUUAUUUUAGCUGAUGUUGAAGUGUUUUUUUAAUCUGGUAUCCCUCGGCACUCAAUGUAUUUCAAUUUCAGUAUGAUUUUAUCCGUGAUUAUAAACUCUUUACUAUGAUGUCAAUAAAAAAUGCAUGAUUUGUUUUA